UGCCAAAUCUACGAUCUUGGUCUUUACCUGCACAGGUCUCUACCUGUGCAGUAGUGAGGAAAGAAUGCGGACGUCAGAGACUGUGCCCGUGCCUCAGCCCCAUUCAGUCCAAACUGGGUGAAAACUGCAGUUCGUUCGUUCACGGGUCAGUGUUUGCGUGUGAGUCCAGAGCGGCUCAGCUUUUUAUGAGGACGAAGAUGUUGCUGACGUUCUUGCUCCUCGGACUCGUUUCAUCUCAUGCAUCAGGAGUGGAGGUAUUUGUGGGGGAGGAGUCUGUCCUGCUACCCUGUCAGGUACCAGCUAAUGUUUCCAGAAGCUCCACAGCAGUGGUCUGGGACCGUGAUGAGUUCAAGAUCCCAACAGUCCACAUGCGUCUGCAGACCGGAGAUGAGCUGAAAGAUCAAAACCAGCGUUACUUCAGUCGAACGAUAAUGAGUGACAAAGCCCUGCAGACUGGAGACCUCAGCCUCACUCUUAGGAAUCCUGCAGUCUCCGACAGUGGAAACUACACCUGUAUCGUCCGCAAAUAUGGACAAGAUGAGAAGCGCACUGAAGUAGAACUGACGUCAAAUGAAUUUAUAAAAUUAUGUUGCGUGACGUUCAGGCUUUUGUUGUUUGUGUUGAUUUCAGAACCUCCACCAGGAGAUUUAAACCUACCAGGACAUAUAAAAGUUAUCUUAGGUGUCCUGAUAGGUUUGAUUCUCCUUAUUGGUGCUGUCUUUGGUUUCUGCAAGUUUCGCAGAAAUCAGAGGAAGAAGAGGGGUGAAGCUCUCCAGGUGGAUAUGGUGGAAGUGACAGAAUGGGAGAACUCUGUCUGGCUGCCCUUUAAAACCACUGUUUGCUUGCCUGAUGAUGUCACAGUAAAGUGGAAACACAAAGACAGGACGAUAUUCGUGUAUCAGAGCAGCCAAAACCAGCAUCUCUUACAGGACGAGGUUUAUAGAGGUCGCACUGAGAUGAAUGAAGAGCCUCUGAGAACUGGAGAUUUGAGUCUGAAACUGAAUAACCUCCAAGUUACUGAUCACGGUGUCUACAUCUGCACCGUCUAUAACAAGAGUAAUAAACUCCUGAGGCAGAAAGUAGUGACGCUUAGUGUUAGAGAUAGACAGGUGGAGAUGGUGGAGGUAGCAGAAUGGGAGAAGAACGUGAAGCUUUCCUUUACAGCCACAGAUGACCUUCCUCAGGAUGUCAAAGUGGAGUGGAGACGCUCUGACUCCAAACAGAUGAUGGUCUACAUGUAUCCGAGCGACCAAAACGAGAGAGACGAUCAAGACCAGUUUUACAGAGGUCGCACAGAGAUGAACAUGGAGCCACUGCGAACUAAAGACCUCAGUCUGACCCUGAAGGACCUCCAGCUUGCUGACAGGGGAGUCUACACCUGCACUGUCUACAACAAGGACAGAAAAAUCUUGCUUCAGAAGUCAGUUUCACUCAGUGUCAGGGUUGCUCAGCUGCAGGUGGUGGUGCUAACAGAGGGUGUAGAGUUUGUUCAGCUGCCCUUUAAAACUACAGAUGAUCUUCAUGAGCACAUCAAAGUUGAGUGGAGACAUCAAAACAUGAAGGUCCACGAAUAUCAGAGUGGCCAGAACCAGCCUUCCUUGCCAGUUCGGGAUUACAAAGGUCGCACAGAGAUGAGUGAGGAGGAAGUGAAUAAAGGAGACUUCAGUCUGGUCCUGAAACAACCCAAACUAGAAGACUGUGGUGUCUACACUUGCACCGUCAAGAGCAGAGAUGGAAAAAUUCUGAGAGACAAAAUAAUUGCCCUCGGUGUCCAAGGAAGCUUAAAGAGAGGCAACACAGAUUUGGACUACAUCAUGAGACAUAUAGUAUCAUCAAGUCACCCACAAGUUUCUGAGUAAUGUACUGAGUAAUGUCUUCUUCACCACUCUUCAUCUACCUCCGAAUUUGUUUUCACAUUCCUCCAACUCUUCUGUUCACUUUCACUCAAUCUAUUUUCCUCUCAUCUCCACUUAUCUGUUGUUAAGGUUCUAUGACCAAAGGCUUGAGAACAAUUUGAAGAAAUAAAACUCUUGUUGAACAGGAAGAAAACCUGGCUCCGGAUUGGGGCUAUUAACAUUGACUGGCACAUGACUAGAGGGGCCUGAAAACUGAAGGCUCUGCCUCCCAUUCUACUUUUAAAUACU